AUGUAUGAUCUUGAUGUUACAUACUCAGACUCUUACAAUCUUAGUAGUAGCAAUCCUAACAUUGCCAAAACUACAGAAGAAAUUAGAACCUCUGAUGAUAGUCAGUCAUCAGAUGAUGCUUCAUAUGAUAGUAAUAAUGAAAUGAAAAGAAUAACAGCACUUAGAAGAUCAAAUGAUCAGCUUUAUCCAAGAAGAAUUUCAGGGUCAGAUAGGUAUUCACUGGAAAGCAGAAGCAUGAUAGAUUUAAGCAAUAUUCCUUCGCCUAGUCACAUCCUUAGAAGACAUCAUUCCAGACAUCGUAGACACAAAUUGAAUGAAGAAUUGGAGAGACUAUAUUCUAAUUUAUAUGAUGAAAUAAAGUGGAGAGAGACAAAUUGUGAUUAACCUGCCAUAUCAGUCUUUCAGUAUUAACUUCCAAA